UCUAUCCCCUUAAUGUUGUCUGAAAUGCAGGGAAUGUUCCGCGGGUGGAUGGCCAACUAGCCAUGACAAGGGCAUUUGGAGAUGCAAAAGUGAAAGACCAUAUCACAGUGGAACCUAAUGUGACAAUUGAGAAGAUAGACAAAGACACUGAUUCCAUAAUUUUGGCCAGUGAUGGCUUGUGGAAGGUAAUGUCAAAUGAAGAAGUAGCAGAAUGCAUUAGAGGGAUUGAGCACUGCAAUAAAGCAGCAGAAGAAUUGAUCACUGAAUCACUUAUGAGGGGGAGUCCCGAUGAUAUUUCUUGCGUCGUAGUGAUGUUUCACUGACCUUGUACUGGAGGUUAAUUAGCAGCAGGACCAAAAUGCGUAUGGACAGAGAGAGGAGUUUGAAUAGUUGUCAGUCUCAUAUAUGUAACUACGUCCUUCUUCAUGUGCCAUGUUAUGCAGAAAUCUUACGGUUAUCAGUUCUGAAGAAAUAAUUUUUCAGACAGACAAAUUUGUCUCAACAGUAACUGAAACAAGAGCAUACUGUCCAUCUAAAGCCUGCAUUACUGCAUUA